CUAAAGAUUCUCUCCAGCCCUCAUCAAGCACUUCGACAAACCCCAAAGUCUUAACCCAUCAUGGCGUUUAUAUCGCAUCUUUUGCCGGCCGUCACGAGCAUGUCAGGCAUCAGCUUGUUAGCGCUCGGUCCUAUUGUAUUCUUGUACCUCAUCAGCCGAGCGUUCUACAGCGUCCCGUAUCCCAAAGGAGUUCCGCUCGUUGGUGAGCCUGACGGCGCAACGAGAUUCAGUAUUCGUACAUACUGGCGAUACUAUACAGACUGUGAAGGCGUGUUUCGGGAGGCUUAUGAUAAUUACGCCAAGAAGGGCAAGCCAGUGGUCGUCCCCGGAAUUGGAUUUCGCCAUGACGUAAUUAUGCCUACGAGUUAUAUGAGGUGGGUGCAGAAUCGACCAGAAACAGAACUGGAUCUGAACCAAGCCUUUUGCGAAAUCGAUCAGGUGUCCUGGGCGCUUGGGCACGACCGCUACAUUGCGGACCCAUGGCAUGCAACCUUGGUUAAGACUGAAAUUAAUGCUGUGCUGGAGAAUGUCUGUGCCGCCUUGAAUGAGGAGCUCGGCGUUGCUUUUGAUAAAUGGUUUGGGACUGAUCAUGAGUGGAAAGAGAUUGAUCUUUUUGAGUCGGUCAAGAUGGUUGUAGCUCAGGCAGCUAGUCGCUUUACGAUUGGGCCUGAUCUCUGCCGUAACGAAGAGUACCUGAACCUAUCAUUUGACAUAGUCAACCAGCUCAUUUUGAACGGAGGAGCUACGGGUGCCAGUCCUCGAGUUCUGCGGCCCAUAGUCGGUACUCUAAUCAAUUUAAAAAUGCGCAGUAAAAUCAACAAGCUCAGGAGAAUGUUCGAACCGGGCUGGAAAAAGCGGAUCGAAACGUUAAAAUACGACCGAGACGACCCAAAUCAUGUUGAACCACAAGACCACAUGCAAAUGAUGGCUCGCUACGCCAAGGAGCAUCGCCCGGAGGAGUUCAACGACGUCGACAUGAUGGCACGACGCUUGAUCGCAGCCAACUUUGCCUCCAUGCACCAAACCAGCAUUCAAGCCACAAACAUGCUACUCAACAUCUUGGGCUCGGACUCGGAGUUCAAUACCAUCGCUACUUUACGGGAUGAGGUCAAUAAAGUUCUGUACGCCGACGGGAACGACGGGAACGACGAGUGGACAAAGGCCAAGGUCAGCAAAAUGGUCAAGGCAGACAGCGUGGCACGAGAGACCUUGCGACUCAAUAGCUUCGGCGGGCGUGCUGUCUUUCGCAAGGUCAUGGUCGAUGAUUUCAAGACACCGGAUGGAUCCCACUUGCCCAAGGGCACCGUGAUCUCUUUCCUCGGAUUACCAGUACAAACAGAUAGCGAGUUACUAGAAGACCCCCUGAAGUACGACCCUUUCCGUUUCUCCCGCAUGCGGGAGGACGCCGCCGCGAAGGCGGACAAGUCGCCGUCACUCUCCUUCGUCACAACCAGUCCCGAGUUCCUGCCAUUUGGCCACGGAAAGCAUGCAUGCCCUGGUCGUUUCCUCAUUGACUUUGAGUUAAAGAUGAUCAUCGCCUACGUGCUGGGAUACUACGACGUGGAGUUUCCUCCGGAGUAUAACGGCAACCGCCCUAAAAACUAUCGGGUGACCGAGGCCUAUUUUCCGCCAGAUGGUGCCAAGAUACGAAUUAAGAGAAGAGUAACCGCCAACAGGGAAUGAGAAAAUGCGUCGGCGGAUUACAGAAAACCGGGCAUUAGAUGCGGCUAAGGGUGUUCAAGUUUGAUAAUGCUACCGCGGGACAUGAAACUACGUAUUUAUGGAAACGUAGAAUCAGAGAGCCAAAUCCUCACGAUUAGCCCAAGAAGUUAGGCUGAUUCGCUGCGGCUGCAAUUCAAC